AUGAUGAAAAACACAUCCUCAGUGUUGCUCUUAUACUUCACAAGUGUAUCUGCUGCCUGUGGGCAUUUGAGGGAACCAUGUAUAAAUGUUGCAAAUGGAUGUGAGAGUGUCUGGAAUGUUGUGGAAGAUGUCUGCAAUAUUUCAGGUAAUAAAUGCAAGACUGAAGAUGCCGUUGGCUGUAACACAAUCAUACAGGUACUGGCUGACAAAUACCCAGUAUUAAAAAACUGUGUCUGCACCACAGAUGGUUUCUGCAGCAUCACAACACUGCUUGAGAAACAAUGCAGCAUUAAUAAAGAAUAUUUGGAUACUUCCUUAAGAUCCAAUACUGACCUAAAUCUCAGGCAAUACAGAAAUGCCGAAGACCAAAGACACCUGGGUGUUUUGGAGAAUGACUGCAGUGUUGCAAAGCAAAGCUGCCGAGAGGACCCUUCCUGUUCUUCAGCGUAUAAGAACUUCCAGCGUGUUUGCCAGGCAGAAGUGGGGAGAUGCCGGCUCCAGGUGGCCAUGCAGCAGUGUCUGUCAGCAUGGGGAGAAUUGAGGAAAACAGCACUGGGCAAAUGCAAGUGCUCAGGCCCACUUCAAAAGAGAUGUGUUAAAAUAUGGAAGGGAAUAUUUAACAACCCUUGUUUGCAAUACUCUCAAGAGAAUCGAGCUUCAGCAUAUAGUGAAAAAGAAGACAAUAUGGACAAUGAUGAUGAUGAGGAGGAGGAAAGUCAGGACAUUGACAGAGAUGAUGUUAGUAUGGAAGCAAAAUUACAAUGGAAUUUAUCUACCCUCUCCAAGCAAGAACACACAGCAAACAGAACCUGUUUGGAUGUGAACAAAGAGUGUGUUGAAGAUGAAGUAUGUAACAAACAGUUGUCCCUAUACCUAAAAGGUUGCUCAGUAAAUAAAAAAUGCAACAUGAAAGAAUGUCAAGCAGCCAUAAGGUUCUUCUAUCAAAACAUGCCUUUUGAGGUUGCCCAAACCAUGACCUUUUGUGAUUGUACCCAGCCUGAUGAAUCUUGCCACAGAGCUAAAGAACUUCUUCAUGGCAAGCCCUGUGCAGUGACUGCAGUUCCUACCCCCUCAUGUCUAAAUGUAAUUCACAUGUGUGAGGAGAAUGACUGGUGCAGGAAAAAAUACAAAACUUUUCGGUCCAAGUGCUGGAGACACGUGACAAAAAAAUGCUAUGACGAUGAAGCUUGUCUUGAAACGUUAAUCAGGGAUGACAUCCCGUGUUCUGCAAACGCUGCUUGCCAAGCAGCCUACAUGGGCACGUGGGGCACGGUGCUGCGCGUGGAGUGCUCCUGCCACCACUCACCUGCUGCGGAGCAGCCUCUGUGCGAGCUCUUCCAGCGCCUGCUCCACAGCAAAUCCUGCCUCAGCGAGUUACGUGAGUAA